CUCUCUCUCUCUCUCUCUCUCUCUCUCUCUCAUCAUCAUCGCCAUCAUCAUCACUGUAGUCUAUUUCUCUCUCUUUCAUCACUGUAGUCUAGGGGGGCUCAACUGGCUGCUACUCAGAGCUUCUCCUUGUUUGUACGCUAAAUUCACACCCUCCAACACCUUACUCUCACUCCCCUUCUGUUCCUCCAUUUUCAGUUCUCCUUCUCCCCCGGACCCCCCCCCCCUCCUCAUAACAAAUAAACAAGCAAAACCACCCAGCACAACACACGCUUUCAAACGAAUCUCUCUCUCUCUCUCUCUCUCCCCCUCUCCGAAUGGACGACGAUGAUUCUAAUUACGGCCUCCACUCCACCCCCUCCGAUUACUCCGACCACCGUCCUCCUCCCCCUCCAAUGCCGACGCCGGACCAACUGCUGUCCCCGUUGAAUUACCAGGCCUUCGCCUCUCCCUUGUUCGGAUCAUCAUCAUCAUCGGACUACAUCUUCUCCGCUUCUUCGGCACUCGCUCAUGUCGAUCCUUCAACGGUACUGUCCCAAAUUCAACCCGAAGACGCCGUCUCCGCCUCCAUCAGAGCCAAAAUCUCCGCCCAUCCUCUCUACCCCAAACUGCUCCAAGCUUUCAUCGAUUGCCAGAAGGUCGGAGCCCCACCCGAGACGGCGAGUUUAUUAGACGAAAUCCGCCGGGAAAACGAUCAGUGUUGGAGAUCAACCGCCGUUACGACUUGCUUUGGUGCCGAUCCUGAGCUCGACGAGUUCAUGGAGACUUACUGCGAUGUAAUGAUCAAGUACAAGUCCGAUCUGGCGAAGCCUUUCGACGAAGCGACUACCUUCUUGAACAGCGUAGAGGCACAGCUCACCGGUCUUUGCGGGGGUGCAUCUGGAAGCUAUGUUUCCGAUGAAACUGCUUGGUCAUCUGAGGAUGAUUUUAGUGCGGGAGAUACGGGGAUUCAUGAAUGUAACCAGAAAAGUGAAGAUCGCGAGCUCAAGGAUAAACUCUUGCAUAAAUACAGUGGCUAUAUUACUUCCCUGAAGCAUGAAUUUUCCAAAAAGACGAAGAAAGGGAAACUUCCCCGAGAAGCAAGGCAAAUGUUGCUUGAUUGGUGGACCAUGCACUACAAAUGGCCAUACCCAACGGAAGCGGACAAGGUUGCUCUGGCCGAGUUAACAGGCCUAGACCAGAAACAAAUAAACAACUGGUUCAUAAACCAACGGAAACGCCACUGGAAGCCAUCGGAGAACAUGCAAUUUGCUGUUAUGGACAGUCUUUAUGGGCCAUUUUUCAUUAGGGAUUGAGGUGGGCUUGCUUUUUCCCACUUUGCUUUUUUGUUUAUUCUCAGACCUGACCUUCUGCUGACAAUGGAAAUAUGCCUUAACCUGCCUCUUA